UAGUUAACAUUAAUUGUCUAGUACUUGCACAGUUAACAGCCAAGCAGCCGAUCGAUACCGUUCUCUGCCGUUGCCAAUUUUUAACGGAUUUUUUUUCUCAACUCAAAACAACAACUUCGCCAAAUCACAACAACACCAGCAUCACCAUGAAAUUCACCGUUGCCGUUUUAUUUGUUGCCAUGUUCGCCUGUGUCUUGGCUGCCCCACCCCAGCAAGAGGCCCAGGUAUUACGUUACGAUUCGGAUGUACAACCCGAAGGAUACAAGUUUGCUGUUGAAACAAGCGAUGGCAAAUCCCACCAGGAGGAAGGUCAGUUGAAGGAUAUUGGCACCGAUCAUGAAGCCAUUGUUGUACGCGGCUCAUUCUCCUAUGUCGGCGAUGAUGGCCAACAGUAUACCGUUACCUAUUUGGCUGAUGAGAACGGUUUCCAACCCGAAGGUGAUCACUUGCCUCGCCUGUAAAUGCUUCGCCCGAAACCUCACCAAGAAAUAACUGUGUUCAUUUUGUGUUAACUAGGUUUAGAUAUUCGAUUUUUUUCGGAAAUUUCAUAUUUUAGUUUGUAAAUAAAAAUUGUUCGAUAAUAAA